GGUCGGUCGAUCCCGCUCUCGACGGCUCCUUCUCUUUUCCCUCCUCUCGUUCACGCGCGAUCGUUACUCCGAGAGCGUUACCGCCGAGCGAGAGAGGACCAGCGGCGGCAGGUGAGAAGCGCCAAGACGCUGUCCGUUUCGUUUCCGGCGACACUUGACGCGCAUGACGCUCUCGCCGCGCGACGUCUGUCAUCCGCGGAUGCUGCGCGGAGAAAUGGAAUAACGAUACCGCCUCGCUAGAAGCUCGUUGACAGUUGGGAGCAGCGUGGAUUCGCGCGAGCGGGCAAGCCACGGUGCUACGGAACAUCUCGCAGAAGUUGAAGCGAGCGGAUAUUGUGCGCGAAACAAGCCCGAAUGAUAAUUACAUUGAGAUUCAGAGAGAGAGAGAGAGAGAGAGAGAGAGCUUGAGAUAAAUCGAGGAAGAUUAUCGUGCUCCAGCUGGAGAUAAAUCUCGCGGUGCGGAUGUUGCGCGGUCUGGAAAUCUAAAGCAGGAUUUUGCAUUAAGAUUAAGGAGCUUGAAUUAAAUAGAGGACACGUAACACUAUAGCUACAGCACUCACGAAAAUUCUAUACCCUACGAAACAGGUCAACAGUUUCGACAAACAAGUCUGCGAUCAAAAAUUCAAACGAGGCUUGAUCGAAGUGUUUUCGCAAGAAGCAGUCGAAUCGAGACAUUUAGGCUUCGAAGCGACUCAAGACGGAUCAACCUCCAGCAAGACAAAUUAGCGGUGCGGAUUAGUUGCGCAGAUAGAAAAUCUGCGUAACGAUCACAGACUGGAUAAGGCGCUUAAGCGGCUCAGGAUAGCGAGAUUAAACGGCUUAAUUUUCGGAACGAAUCGAGCCAACUGUAGGCCGAAUAGGGAAACGCGUGCCCAACGCGAAAGAUCAACUGACCGAAACGGGACGACCGAUACAAGCGGCUUAGAUUAAUAGUCCAAGUUCGAGGCGAGUCAGCACGGAUACUCGUAAAUUCGAUAUCCCGGCACGAGACAACGCGCCGCGCGACCUCAUAAAGACGCGCAAUCAGCACAAGACGAGACAAGCGGCGGCGGCGGCAAAACGCGAUCAGCCGGUCGUUGCACUUAGCCUGCUCGCUCCGGUAAAUCUCCUGCGAACGCCUCCUCGCGAUAUACCGUUACCAACCACGACACGCCGAUCCGACGAGGCCCCACCGCCUCUUACAUCCGCGCGUGCGAUAGCGGGAGGACCGUUUCGCGCCGGCUGCGAACCGGAUUCCCAAUUCCGCUUCUGUAUUCAAACGAAAACGCCCCGAGCGCGCGUCCGCGCUCGAGUGGAGUUGAAUUAGGCGCAGCCAGCUGUCGGAAAGCGUUCGCGACGAAGCGGCGAUUAGGUCGCGCGAGGACAGACUUUUAGAAGGAAACGAGCGACUGGAAAGCGAUCGAGCGAUUUCCUUCGACCUCUCUCAGAACAUCCAGGUGCUAAUUCCGAACGAGUGAAAGAGUGUUGAUCGCCGCACGGGAGGAGGACAGUCAGGUGGCAGGCGAGAAAAUUCCCGCCGUCGUUAUGCGCGCGCUGACCGAAGCGAUGAAGCAUCGCGCGAUCAGCUGACUAGUCGAGCUGUUCGGCGGACGUACCGCUGAUAAGGACGCUACCCAGGACAAACGAUCCCAGCAACGCCCGUCGCCCACUUGCUCUGUCAUGACUUUUGGCACGCCGUUCCACAGCGACAAGUCGCGGCUGGCCAGCGAGAGUUCCACUCGGACUGGCAGUAUGGCAGCUGAGGAGGGAAUGCUGGGCGGCGGUCUCGGCGCGAAAUUGAAAUGCCCGACUCCCAUAUCGCGACUGAGGGUGGAGAAAAUCGAGGGCGGCUUGAUGGUGGCCGGCGUAGUAAUAGCGGCGAACUGCCAGAUCGCCCUUCCGGCAUUCGGCACGCUCUUCAUGCUCGUCGGCGCCGUUCUCACUGCUGCUUCUUACCGCGGCCCCGGCGAGGAUGAGGACAAGAACUCGUACGCCGCAAGGAUCGCUUUUACUGGCAAUUCCCGUAUCCUGGGGCCGAUCUGCAUAGUUGUGGGCGCUCUUAUGCUCGCCCUCGGCGUGCUACUCUGCAUGCUUACGAGACGUGCCAGGCGGAGGGAGCGCAGGGUGGGCUUUCACUGUCCGCUUCACGGGGACUUCUACCCUCUGAGUCCUGUCCAGGGUAUCAAAAUGCUCGGGGUAUCUGGCAAGGACGUAAGCGGGUGGCCAAAGAUUCCGUGCUUGAAGGGUCGUGCGUCCGGCAAAGGCGGGAGCGGCGCGGGAGGGCCGCACGUAGGACCGCCUCAGUGUCCGCACUCCGUUUUGAGCAGCACUCGUAGCUCGGUGAGCAGCUCGCCUUUGAGCCCGUGUCCGACGCCUAUGCCGUUCCUGGUGACUUCGGGCUCUGUCAGUAGCGGCAUGGUGCAAAGCGUCGGGGCCAACUUAUCGCCGGACCAAACAUUCGGAUCGAUCCGGUCGCUUUCGGUGACGAGGGAAGUCGCCAGCUUUCCCUUGUCGCGAACACCUACGCCGCCUCCGCAGCACAGACCGCCGGCAGCGCUGGCGACGAACCCCGAGGAGCUGGUGGGCGUCGGUAGUCCUCUGAGGGAGGCCUCGCCCAGGCCGGAGGUGCGCGUGGUCGCGCCAUCCCAUCGGCCACCGUCCGCUUUGGCAGCGGCCAACGGCGGCCACCACCAACACGCCGUCUCCACGGCGAGCCGCAAAUCCGUCAGCAUACUGCUGCCCGAGCAGACCAGUGGAUGACCCCAGCUGCAACAGCAGCAGCAGCAGCAGCAGCAGCAGCAGCGGCAGCAACAGCGACCGCAGCAGCAACAGCACGGCUUCGUGCACCGUUGCGACGAGCAGCCGCUCUCGAUCUAGAAACUCGAUUUAAGUUGAGGUUUACGGGAGGACGAGUUUUGCGGCUGCAACCACGAAGAUGACGCGGUACCGCGUUACGCGUCGCGAUCGUCCGGACGAAACUGAGGGUUAAUUAAUCUCGGCGCGUAUCGCGCGAGUCCGAUCGGGCACGGUCUCCGCAUCGUAGCGAUAGCAAAGUUCGCCAGCGGGAAUGUUCGUCGGGGAACGACGAAUGAUUGACGGCCGGUUAAUGUCGAUUAACGUCAAUCGUAGUUCGACCGAGUCUUCGUCUAGCACGAUCACGAUCGUUUUAGAUAUCGCGAUAGUCGAUGCGAAGUCCGAGGGAGUCGAAUUACGAUCGGCGAUGUAGGUCGAAGUGGCCAGUCGUGAACAGAGCGCGACCGUUGGUUUUUUAUCGCUCGAUCAAACGAACUGAUGUAAUUCGAUUAUUACGAGCCAUCGUUGCUUUUACGGAGACAUUGCCCGACAUUGAUCUCGACUGGAAACCGUGCUCAGUGUCUCCCACAAUUCUUACGCCCGUUGAACGUAAGAAAAAUUUAUAGGAAAAAAAUACACAGCCGGAGAUCGGGGGAUUUUUUAACGUGAUGUACAUAGAAUAUUCGGGAGAGAAGUGAAAAAUAACGUUUGGUAAAUUUUGUGUUUUCGAAUUGCGAUCGAUCGCGCCUCGAUGUAAUUCACGCACGCUUGCAUUAUUAGCGCCAUCGUGCAUUAUUGAUAAUCUGGAGAGGUGUAGCGCGCAAUACUGAUCAGAGGCUGCUAUUUGACAUGACCCUCAUUCGAGGUUGAAAAUUAUACGUUAGCGAGCGUUGUGAUGCCGCAAAGAUGCGCUGUGGGGAUAAAAAAUUGGAAAGAAAACCACACGGAUAGACAAAAACUAACACAUAAGAUCACGGUUCGAACAAUUAUCUUACUCGAAGUAAAACAAAUAAAUCUACGAAUGGCAGCGGACAUUCAUUAACAAAACAUUAACAUUGACUGACUUGCAUCACAUUGUUCGUUAUUUAACGAUUAUGUUUUAUAUGAUAAUAUUGCACGCUUUGCAACAAAAGAUACCAAAACUGUUUCAAAUCGUUGGGCCACCAUACUUUCGCAGCUUAUCGACAGAAGAAUUUUGAUAACAUCUUUACACGCUACGAUUGCUAUCAUCAAUAUGCGCGCUUCUCGCUCCUGCUUUUUUUUAAUUGAUAAAAAGCAAGCACAUGUACAGAUUGGAUUCUUGAAACUACUUAACCGUGAUAAUUACUUGAAGAAACUUGAAUAAGAGAUUCAAAGUAAAGAGUUUAUCGAUAUAAAAUAUAAUAUAUACCGAAGAUUGUCAUUUUUUUAUAAGAAAGAAAUAGUUUAGCUAUUUCUUUGCAUUGUUAAGUAACUAAUAGAUUUAUAAUAAAAAAUUAAUAUUUAUUUAAGUCGGAAAAAUUAUAUAACAUUAGAAAUGCCAAAUUUUAGGUUGUUUAUUGUAGAUUGUUUUGCUAAAAGUCCAAUUCUACGAGCUUAAUAUGCGAAUACGAUCUGCCUUUUUGCGCAAAUCAAAUUCUAUUCUCGGCAGCGCAUUAGAAUUCGAAACAUCCCUUUUCCGCGUACCGAAACGUCUGGCGAAGAGACAUCCAGCACGGUUUCGCACAACUGUUAUAGCGCAUUAAUUAAGUCUCAGUUUAUUCUCGACUCGCGGCCGAGCGACGCGCCUUUCCUAUCUAGAUCGCUAAGAAGAGCGAGGUCCGCCGUCUCGACCACGGCGGAACCACCGAGAUAUCCGUCGCAACGGCGCGCGUUUCUGGCCAAAAGUAGUUCUUAAGGUAUUCCCGCGCGCAAUUUAGCACGUCUCUUCGAAAAGCGGGGAAGCAACGAAGCGAGAGAAGCUGAGAUCGGUCCGUGUCCCCUCUUCCUCUUUAUUCUUGCGAAUUCACCUCUUCCAGCACUGAAGCGGAGUCUCGUGGAUUAAUUAGAUUUGUCAGAGCGGCAGUUUAGAGUCCGCGAAUCAAGUUCACACUAGUUGUUGCCACUUCACUCUGCAACCUAGAGGCUCAAUUCGUCGAAAUUUCCUUUCCUAUUAGCAACGUAAGACAGGCCUGUAAAAGGGAAAAGAUAUCCGGCCGACGGCGGCUGUAGAAUCGAUUCCGGAGCGACAAUUCUAGACCAUCUGAGCGGAACAGGCGCGCUCCACGUACUCGAGGCGUCUCGAGCAUUUCGCUGACUCGACCGAGAGAGCGAUUCUUGGUGCUGGAAGGUAGGCCGAGAGGACAAGUCCCUCUCCUCCCUCGCGGCCGAAUCGAUGUCGCGAGGGCGGCGGAGAUUCCCGUUUUCAGAUCCAGGUAGGUAGAUAACCGAAUAGACAAAUCGCGCGGAUCAUUCGAACGGACGUUGGCAGACGUUCAGAAGCUUCGCCUAGACCGGCCGAUGUACGACCCAAUUUGCGCAGGAUCGGGUGACGCUCUUAUUUUUAGCCCGGGCGAAUUAUGUUCGACCCGCUCAGCUGAUUCAACGAACGGACACUUACCGGCGCUCAUGCUAGCAAGAUAGAUUUCCUCUUCGACAGAUUUCCCGUGCGAUGCGGCGCGAUAAUUCAUCUUUUUUUUCUCCUCCACAUCGCUCCUUUGUAAUAUUCAUCCAUUUUUUCAAAUGUAAUUAAUUUUAUACGCAGCAGAUCGUGAUUCAAGCAGAUUAUUUAUCAUGAUUAAAUAUCGCCUGCAGAUUUAUAUAGGAUUAUUCGUCACGUUGAAAUGUCAUUAAUGAAUUUACAUAAGAUUUACGUGGGUUUCUUCGCAAUCAUAAGUGACUUGUGUAACUUCCGAAAUGACAUUUGAGAUUAAUAAAUUAAUAUUUCUAUAUAAAUAUCGGCAUCUGCGGGAAAAACUGCUUGAGAUAUCGACUAGUAUCUGAUUGAGUCGGGACGGAAAGUGAAAGGGUUGGCAGAGCGGAUUGUAACAAUUGACAAUCUAUCUAUCAUAGAGAUACCCGUAUUGUGUUAGAUCGCGAGGAAGAAUUGGCAGAGAAAGGUUUGGAGGAUACGGAAACUUGAACGAAUUACGAGAUCGAAAUUUUAUCUAGCUGACUAAAUGGGAACGGCGGAAGAUCGAAUUCCAACGAUCGAACGAAUUUCAAAAUGU